GGGCCGCCUUUGGAACGAUGAUUAAAAUGUUGGUCUCUUCACCGUUGUUUAUACAUUUCUAUCCGGUAUCUGUCCAUGUUUAUGCAAUAUUUUAUGUAUAAACAUAAUAAUAAUUUACAAUAAUAAAUAAAAGUGAAAAAACAGUAUUUUUGGCGCCGUUUUUUAUUCCAUUCGUUUCUACUACACUCCCGCUGCUUAGCGGUAUAUUUUAUCAUUUAGCAUAGUUUUCCGGUGAUGGAAAAACGGGACGGCAAUACAACCGAUCUCCAAAAAAGUAAAAUGAGUGAAGAAGAACAACUUCCUGCUGGAUGGGAGAAGCGAGUUAGCAGGUCAACUGGUAAGUAACACAGACAUUGACCAUUCUUCAGGGUCAAACGUAUUGUCCGACUGGUUAUCCCAGUAGAAUCUUUUUGUUUGCAUAUAUUCCGUAUGCCGUGUAGAUGCUUUUAUAAUGAUGAUCGUUUAGAAAAAUUAAUAAUGUUGCGUAAAUCGGAUUGAUAAUUAUCUGGUACAUUAUUUGUAUAAUAUUGUAUUUGUUUUUAUAGGUACCUAUGUACCUAACAAAUCUAGUAAGUAAUGUUAAUUUCUUAGGAUAUACGAAUUUUAAACAUAAUAGCAUUUCAUUUAAUUAAGUAUAUGGUUAAUUUCAAAUUGGAGUGUAUCAAUUCUACCGCUUCAUUGGUCGAUUGAUCAUGGUUGGGUACCUUCUUUUAUGUUACACUUUUAGUUUAUGCCAUUUAUUAUAAAUCGAUAAUUAAGAUACUUUUAUGUAUGCACCUCAAAAUUUUAUAAUACAAUUUUUAAUCUUGCAUCUCAUGGUUUUUCUCUAUUAAUGCUGUCUAUUUAUUAUCAAAUCUAUCGAUAAUUCUAAUGAUACAUAUUUUAUUAUUAAUAAUACAAUAUGUCCUAUGUAUACCUUGCAAUAUCUUAAUAUGAAUUAAUAAUAACACUUAUUAUUUGACCUUUCUAUAAUUUUCUUAUCUUACAAUAACAACUUGAUACCUAUAUAGAUUAUGUCUAUGGAUGUAAAUAUAUAAAAUAUUAAGGUACUUAGAUAAAUCAUCUGUAUAUUACAGGGUUAAGUAUAAUGAAAUUUAACUAGUUUAUUUAAACUAUAGUAAUUUGUAUAAUUUGUAAGCCUGGAUUUUUGAUAAAGAUUCAAUAGGUUUUAUGUAAUAAUAUAUUUGAAUUAGAUUAUAAUUGUUAUUACUUUGAUAUUAUUUAGAGUAUUUUAAGUAUUUAGAGUAUUUUAAAAAUGUGAUGAGGCAAGCCAAAUUUUUUUAAAAAUCAAAUUAGUUCAAGUUAGUUACAGUGUAAAGAAUAUUUUGGAAAUUAUUUUAAACAGUGUUAUGCUUUAAUAUUAUAAUUUAAAAUAAACUUGUCAACCUGCCAAGAAUGAUUUGCAGUUAAAUCAAUGUAUUUUUGUUGGUUUAAAGUUGUAUUAAUUCAUAUUUAUAGUUUUUAAACCUAUAUCCUGUGAUACUCACUAUAAAAUAAAGCAACCUUUAUAAUUGGAAGAAUGGUUAGUCUAAUAUUUAGAUUUUAUAGAUAAUAUCCGUAGGUAUAAUUUUAUGGAAAAUUAAUAGUCUAUUGCUUAAUACCAUAGACAUAUAAAUAAUUUUAUAUGCCUAUGCUUAAUACUAGUGAUGGGUACAAUUUAAUUAUUGCUAUCAAACUAUUUGAAUAGUUUAUAUUUGGUUUUCAAAAAAACUAAUCAAAUAAUUUUUCAAAAUAUUCAAUUGUUUUCCAAAUAAAAAUAUUUGGUUAUAAAAAAAAGUAUUCUAAAGAAUAAAGAAUUCAGUAGUAAAAACUAUUUGUGGUGAUCAUUACUAGGUACUUAAUACCUAGUACUUAUUAGUUAUUAGCUUUCAGCAUAAAUAUAGUGAUUGGAUUUGAGGGUGGUGAGUUACAUAGAAAUAUUAAGGCAUUUAUUUGCAAAACUAAAUUGAGAUAUUCCUGCACUCUAAAAUUUGAAUUAUCUUAUAAUUUUUUAACUAUUUUCGGUAUAAUUUUUAAAUUUAUUUGACUUAUUAAAUAUUGUAUAAAAUGGUACUUUUAUAAUAUGAUACCUACCAGAAAAUAUUUACAUACGCAAUAUUUGCAUGGAAUGUUAAUUUUAUAAAACAAUAUUUUUCAGGAAUAAUAUUUUAUUGGAAAGAUAUUUCUGAGGAUUUGUGUAACUAGACAAUAUAAUACAUAAAUCAAUAAAAUAAAUAUCGGGAACCAUAUUCGUCAGAACCGGUAUUUCGCUAGACAAUAUAUAAACAGAAAAAUAAAAGAACAAAUAAUCAGAUAACUGAUUAUAUGAUUAGUUAAAUAAAAGCUAAACUUUAAAUGAUGUAUACUCAUUUAUAUUUAAAUUAUUAAAUCUAGUUGCAUUCUUAAAAUAUCUAAAUAUUUUCAUUGAUGAAAACCUAAAAUGGGAUGUUCAUAUUAAUUAUGAAAUUAAUACAUUUAAACAGUUUGUUUGCAUUUAUAAACUACUUUAGUGUUACAAAUUUAAGAUAUUAUCUUGAAUUAAAAGCUUAAAAAACUAACAUAUUUAUCACUUCUCCAAAAGUUUCUUAUGAAAUUUCAGUUUAGAGAGGUACAUAUUACACUAAUUUCUGAAAUCUUGAAGUAACUCCUAAGAUUUCUGCCCAGGUUAGCUAAUACUGGUAUGUGUAUUAUGUUCUUAAAAUAAUGAGGUUAUUGUUUUUUAAAUUUUAAUUAUACCUACCCUACUUAACAUUUUAUUUGUUUUCAUUCUGGAAACCAUGAUAAUUAAAUAACAAUAAUAAUGGUCAUUAAAUUUGUAUUUGUUAGAACCAACAUUAUUUAUUUAUUAUAUUGAAUGAAACGAAUAGAUCAAUCAUCUAUUUAAGGGGAAUUUAUAUUUUAUACACUGAAUUGAUUAAUUUGUUGUAUUUUAUUUUGUUGAUACAUUUAUCCAUAUAAAAAGUUUGGGGAUAAUGAUGAACCGAUAAAUGUGUUAUCACUUAAUAUUUAUCAAUUGUGUCAUCUUUUUAAUAUUAUAUUUUAGUGAAAUACUGUCCAGAUUCAUUCAGUUCAAGACAUUUAUGUUUCUGACAAAGUGUUAUUCCUACAUAACAUCAUUCUUGAAUUUUAUCGUUUUUUUGAAAUAUUGUUUCACUAUAAUAAUUCAUGCCAAUCAAAUAUUAUCCUGAAUAAUACUGUUCCAGAGAAAUCUUUUCCUUGUUGUAUGCGUCCCUUACAUCUUAUAAUAUAAUAAAAAUUGUGAUUUCUACUAUGUAAGUAACUAUAUUUUAUAGGUAUUAUACUAGACCUAUUAAAUAAUCAAUAAACAUUUUUUGGAUGAAAUAAUUAUUAAAAUAUUAUUCAUAUACCUACUUAAUAUUGGUGAUAAUGAUAUUUUAGUAAGUAACCUAAUCUUAAACAAAGUAUAAGUAAGUCACUCAUUAAAACAUUUAAUUGUCAAUAGGUAGUAGGUACUUAAAAAAAAUGUAAUAUUUUAUGUUUAAAUGUAUUAUCAUAAAACACACUAUCUAUACAACGACUCAAUAGAAAUAUCAAUUUGUUUAAUAAACCUAAUUUAGACCUCACACUUGAGUUAAGUACUAAAACACAUACUGUGAAAAAUCAAACCAAUAAAAUCUUAGACCACGCAGUAAUUUGGUAUAAUUGUAUUGUAAUAUCACUAUAUUUAUCAUUGUAACUGCUGUUAGGUGUGAAUAUAUAAGAGCUAAAAAUAAAUUAACGUAGGUAUUAAUUAUACACCUAUAAUUUAAAUUAAAUUAAAAAAAUAUAUCUUGAGUUGAAUUAAUCAUGUUUUCAAUAAUUUUCAGGUCAAACUUAUUAUUUAAACUUAUUGACUAAAGAAAGUCAAUGGUCUAUACCAAAUAAACCAGCUUCGGAGCAUCCGGCUGGUAAUGGUCCUGAACAAGUUCAAUGUAGUCAUUUAUUGGUUAAACAUGAAAAAUCACGCCGACCUUCAUCGUGGCGGGAAGGAUCUAUUACUAGAUCAAAAAGUGAAGCUGUUGAUAUUAUAAAAUGUAAAUAUAUCUGCAAUUACUUAUAAAUAAGUCUGUGGUUAAUGUAACUAAUAUUUUUUUUAUUGAUUAAAAAGCUUAUCGCGAACAAAUUGUUGCUGGCAAAUCAUCAUUUGCUGAACUUGCCCAGAAAUAUUCAGAUUGUAGUUCAGCCAAACGUGGUGGUGAUUUGGGACCAUUCACAAGAGGCACAAUGCAAAAGCCAUUUGAAGAUGCUUCAUUUGCUUUAAAAAUUGGAGAGCUAAGCGAGCCUAUUCAUACAGAUUCAGGCGUACACAUAAUUUUACGUACAUUAUAAAUAACUUUUUUGAAAUUUAAACAUUUCCCUUUUCUAAACAUUGUAUUUAUUACUGUCAACUGUUCCAUAAAUAAAACUAAUUAUGAUAGAAAACCAUUUAUAAAAAACAGAUCUUCAUUUUAUAGACAGAGGCGUACCCAAGGGAGAUUUAUAGGGCUUCAGCCUUAAAGAACAAAGUUAAUAUUGAAAAAAUCAUAAUUAUUUGUUUCCUUUUAUUUAAAUUUAUAUUUGAAUUAAAAUUUUGUACAAAGUUUCACCCCCAAAAACGUGUGCGCCUAUGGUUAUAGAAUUUCAUAGCUUAUAAUAUGACAGAUUCUACCGUAUUUUCUGGAAUGUAUUAAUAACAUAUUUAGAAAUUUUUAUAUACAGCGUCUAAUAAAGGUUUACUAAUUCUGUAGGAAAAGAAUAAUUUCUUCUGUAUUAACUAAUUCUUAUAAAUUUGAACCAAUCAGUUAUUCUUUUAAUAUUAUGAUGUGUUAAUAUACAAUGUUAAAUGUAUAACUGAUUAGCUGGAGUUUAGAAGAAUUGGCUAAUACAAUACAAAUUGUGUUUACUUAAUACAUAAAUAAAAGAUUUUAUGAACAAUGAAGGAAUUUUAAUUUGUAAAUCUUUAUGAGACAUCUACAAACUAGUUCUCAAAUUGUAAAUUAAAUUUAUUGUUGCCGUCAUAUAAAAAGUGACAAAAAUAUAAAAACCAUAUUUAAAUACUUUAUUUCAUCCCUACAUCAGUGGUUUCCAACCUUUUUUUACUUGCUAAUUUUUUUAUUUUUCAUAACCCCCCCCCCUAAUAUCAUUUAUUACUCUUAUUUACAUCUUAUGCGCCCUAUUUUUUUUUUUCGAUUACAUGUCAGAAUAGACCACUUUGAGAACUUCUGGUAUAUAAAACAUAUCCUAAAUAAUACUAUACAUAGUUUAGAAACCACUUAACACAUAAUUCUUGAUUCAAAUCAAAGUUGAAUAAGUUUAAAUAUAAAUUUUUAAAUCAUUUAGUCACUAUUUGAUUGAUAGUGAUGGUAUAUUAUUUAAAACUUUAUACCAUUUUAUAUUGCAUUUGUUUUUUAUUAUAUACCUAAUUUAAAUAUAAAAUAUAAAUUUUUGUGUGUAUGCUUUAUUGAAAUUCCAUGACAUUGUUUACGACAAUUUUUUAGUUAAUUUUUUAAAAAUUUUAAAUAAUUUAUGACUCAACUCUCUCAAAUACCUCCCUAAAAUUGGAUUUUAGUCCUCUACCAACAAUCUGCUUGGGUCACCUAGGUAAAUAAUUCAACCAUACUACUUAUAUGAUUAUAAAUCAUAAUAGGAAGGUGGUUUAUAAAUGACUAUUAAAUCUACCUUUCAGAAUUAAAUAUAUUGAUAAAUUAAUCAAUUAUACAUUUAUGAUGUUGGCUUAAGUGUUAAAAACCAUAAAUAAUUGUAUAAAAAUGUAUAAAUAUUUUUAAUUAUAAUGCUUAUAAAUAUAUUGUAAUAUUAUAAUUAAUAUUUUGAGAUAGGAUAAAUGUUGAUCUUUAAGAGAUCUAUAUACAAUACUUGUUGUUAAUAACAUGAAUUUGAAUAUUAAGAAUUAAAGAAAGAUUAAUAAAAAUAAACUGAAUUGGUCAAAAUGUUACUUGAUCUCUUCUUUUAAAUUCAUUGUAUCCAACUAUAUCAUGUGAAAAAUAUUAUGUAUGCAUAUAUUUUAUAAUAAGUAUAGGUAAAUAGUGAACAACUUAAGUUAUAUUCAAAAAAAAAAGUAGUACCCACUAUCAUUUUUAGUUAAAUUAAUAAUAAUACAACUUAUUAAUCAUAUAAAUAUUAAUUGCUAAUUUAGAUUAAAAUUCAUAACAACAUUAAGAUUUCUUCAAAAUGUUUGUAUAGACGGCAAAUUACAUGUUUUA